AAGUGUUUCUUUAAUUACGAAACGUCGAGGACCCUGAUCGUCCGCAACAAGACCGUGGGUGUGACCAACAGGCUCAUCCAGGCUAUCAUCAUUGGAUAUGUCAUCGGGUACGUGUGUGUGGUUCAGAAGGCGUACCAGGACACCGACUCGGUCAUAAGCUCAGUCACCACUAAAGUGAAGGGCUUCGCCAAGACCAACAGCUCGGACCUGGGGCUGCGGGUGUGGGACACGGCUGAUUACAUCAUCCCCCCUCAGGAGGAGAACUCUUUCUUCGUGCUGACAAACAUGAUCGUGACCCCGAACCAGAUGCAGACUCGCUGUCCUGAGCUCCCUAACCCCUCCACCACCUGUACGUCAGACAGCGACUGUAAGGAAGGCUUCAGCGAUGCGCGUGGCAACGGCAUCCAGACAGGGAAGUGCGUGGACUACUCAGAUGCCGUAAAGACGUGUGAAGUGUUCGCCUGGUGUCCGCUGGAGAAGGACACAGACUUACCUGAACCUGCAAUGUUGACAGAUGCAGAAACGUUCACAGUGCUCAUCAAAAACAACAUCCGUUUUCCCAAAUUCCAUUUCAGCAAAAGAAACAUUUUGCCCGACGUCACUUCCUCAUACCUAAAAAGCUGCACGUUCCACCGCAUCACGGACCCUCACUGCCCCAUCUUCCAACUCAAAGACAUUGUCUCGGAGGCCGACGAGGACUUCCAGGACUUGGCGAUUCGUGGUGGGGUCAUAGGGAUCCUCAUCAACUGGGACUGUGACCUGGACCUGUCACACAAGAAGUGCAUUCCCAAGUACUCCUUCAGUCGGCUAGACAACAAGAACCCGGAAAACAGCGCAGCUCCAGGGUUCAACUUCAGGUUUGCAAAAUACUUCAGCGUAGACGGUGUGGAGACAAGAACUCUGGUCAAAGCAUACGGCAUUCGCUUCGAUGUCAUUGUUUUUGGGAAAGCUGGUAAAUUCAACUUGGUGCCCACAGUGGUGAAUGUAGGUGCUGCUCUCUCCUUCCUCAGCCUGGUGAACGCCGUGUCCGACUGGGUCUUGUUAACAUUCACGAGCAAAAGACAUUUCUACAGUCAGCAGAAAUCCACGUACUUGGAUGAGAUGGACGACACAAGUGAGCUCACAGAGAGAAAAACAUACGGCACCCAGUAG